GCUGGAACCGCCUGAGCUUUCGCCGGGUGGACGAAAGUGACAGGAGGCGCUCGACGUGACGUUCCUCAAUUCUCGACACGGAAAGGGGACCGGCGGCCGUUCAGACUCUAUCCGGAUUCACGCAAGGCAGCAGCGAAGGACAAGAUGGUGAAGGAUACAAACAAAAAUAAGUUCACGAAGGAGGAAGAGCUGUUGCUGCAGGACUUCAGUCGGAGUGUGUCCAAGAAGGGAAAUGUUAUCUUUUUCUUGAAUGCCUUUAUCGUCUCGGCCAUUCCCAUAUGGCUUUACUGGCGAAUCCACUUGAUGGACCCACAGUCCUCGGCCUUCAUCUUCGCCCUUGUGACUGGCAUCGCAACAUACCUGGUUGCGAUGGCAUAUAAGAACACCAAGUUCAUCCUGAAGCACAAGGUGGCCCAGAAGAUUGAAGAGUCGGUAACACGCCAGGUGCUGAGCAGCCUGGAUGCUGACAAGAAGAUGAGCAAGAAGGAGAAAGAUGAGAGGGUGCUGUGGAAGAAGAACGAGGUUGCCGAGUCCCAGUCCACCACCUUUUCCCUUUUCUACAACAACGCUCUGUUCCUGAUGCUCGUGGUGGUGGGUUCCUUCAUGAUUUUCCGCUCCUUUGCCCCAGCCUACAACUACAUCUUCAGUACCCUUGGUGCAGCUGGCGUCAUUGCCCUCUUCUCCACCGGCAAGCAGUGAAGCAUGCCAAGGUGCCUGCCUGUUUCUGCGAGUCUUAGACGCGUUGGGACUGUGCCUGUGGUUAUUCUCCAGGCGCUAACCCAGAUGUGUCCAUUGAGAGAGAGGAAAAAAAAAAGCUUACAAAAAUACUGUCUGGGUGUUGUGUGUUUUCUAUUGUGAAUGAGUUGGUACAGAAGAGAUGUUAAUACCACCGUUAAUUUGGAGCUGUGAAACUUUUUUUUUUAUUUUUAAAAUUUAUUUAUUGGUAAUUAUGUAUAGAAGCUUCCAAUAGCAUAGCAUUUCAUUCAUCGUUCAUCUCAAGGCAUAUCAUCAGUGACCUGGGAUAAACAGUUUUUUUUUUUUCACAUUAUGACUGACCUUGGUACUGUCUUCCUUGGUUGUAAAUAUCAUGGAUAAAGUCUAUAUCUUUCCUUUAUAUAAAUUAAUUUAACACCUGCAAAAAUCACAAACAAAUUUAAGCUAAUUUUGUACUUUCCUCAAUAGCAGGUGCUCAGUGAUAACUGUGUGGGAACAAUCCCUCUUUACAAAUAUCUGUACAAGGGUGUCUGUACUAAGAUUUCUCUUGUUUUUUGUGUAUUUUUUACACAAUGGUGACGAGUCUAAUGUUAUUAAGGAGAUGUUUGUGUGUUUUUAUACAAAAUAAAAACUUAAUGGUGAUAA